AUGGCACAAAGUCGUCGUCUUGGGGACUUUGUCGCGACGGUCGCGGCUGAGCAGGGACUCGAGCUGAACCCGUCACACCCUCCCUUUAACCAUCACGAUUCACCCAUUCUCCGCCCCAACCGCGCCCCCAACCACGUCCUGCUGUAUCCGGGCUCCUUCAACCCUCCCCACCGGGGUCACCAGGCGCUCCUCGACCAUGUCUUGCGUAACGCCGGCGACGACCUUUUCCUCGCCGCCGCCAUCAUCCUCCCCACCGAUGACGAUAAGCUUGCCGCCAAGAACACCAAGGACGAGCAGCCCUUUCUGCUGACCAAGGCAAAGAGAGCAAAUCUUUGGCACGAAGCGGGCCUCCCCAAGGAUCGCGUCUGGGUCUUCGAGGGAUCCGAGGACUCGUGGAAAUCCUUCCGCGCCCGGUUGCAGAAAAACCUGGCACGGCGUUGCAUCGACUUGAGGUUUGUACUCCUGGUCGGUCCCGACUGGAUCAGUUCGAGAGCCGCCUCCGACCCCAAGAGCUGGGACUGCGUCGAGGCUCUCACGAGCGACGUCUCGCGCCCCGUCGACUUUCGCUAUCCCUAUUCUCUCCGCCAGCUCCCGGCAUGCUCCAUGUGGGAGCCGUGCUCGCUUCAAGGCGAUGCACCGCCGAGCAAGGUAGCCAUCGACGCGGCCGCCGGUAAGAGCCUUUCCCCACAGCACCACCAGCCGGCUACAUUUCUGACUGCUCGUCUCUUCCCGCGGAUCCAGCCCGAGGCAAAGCAAUCGAGCUACCCGCUUUGCCGGUCGUCACCUCUUGGAAGUGCGAGACGUUGA